CCUCUUUUUUUUCUUAUCUUCUUGGGUUUUUGUUUUUUUUGGAGGGGGAGAAACGCCGAAGCAAGUCGGGCCGAGCAGGAUGUGAAGAUGUGAGGAUGUAAGGAUUGCGCUUUUAUUUUGCAUCAUUUCUUUUCCUUCUGUGUGUGUGUGUGUUGCGAUGCAUUGGGAUUUCAGAACCAUGGGAGGACGGAGAGCCCCCUUCCUGGAAGGAUUUUUGCAAAAUAAGAUGCGCAAGGUCACCGAUCUGGUAAGAUCCGUGAGAAAUGAUAACAAAUAAUCGACGACGUCUGGUUAAACUGAGGUGACUGGCAUGGAUCUAAGCACGAGCGCGAGAACUGGCACCCUGACAGACACCCCCCUUGUGUAGUUGUUUUCUCGUCUGGGAUAGCGGGGAUGAGAGGUCGGCGCUGAGACAAUGUUGCUCUGGAUCGUCUUGCUGGAGGCGGCUCUGUGCGCGGCGACCGGCAACGUGACCAACGACGUUUGCAAGGAGGAGAUCUGCUCGUGCAGCGCCAUCGAGGGCGACCUGCACAUCGACUGCGAGAAGCGUGGCUUCAGCAAGCUGCAGCACCUGACGGGUCCCAGCUCGCAGUUCUACCACUUGCUGCUGCACGGCAACUCUCUGUCCAGACUCUUCCCCAACGAGUUCGCCAACUUCUACAAUGCCGUCAGCUUGCACUUGGAGAACAACGGCCUGCACGACAUCGUCCCCGGCGCCUUCCUGGGGCUGCAGCUGGUCAAGCGCCUGCACAUCAACAACAACAAGAUACGCUCCUUCAAGAAGAACACCUUCCUUGGCCUGGACGACCUGGAGUACCUGCAAGCCGACUUCAACCUUCUCCGAGCCAUCGAUCCAGGCGUUUUCCGCGACCUGAGCAAGCUUGAGGUCCUGAUCCUAAACGACAACCUCAUCAGCGCGCUUCCCGUCAACAUUUUCCAGCACGUUCCCAUAACGCACCUGGACUUGCGCGGGAACCGGAUUAAGACGUUGCCCUAUGAGGGAGUCCUGGAGCAAAUUCCAGGCAUCGUCGAGGUCCUGUUGGAGGACAAUCCGUGGGACUGCAACUGCGAGCUCCUUUCGUUAAAACAGUGGCUGGAGAACAUCCCACAGCGGGCACUCGUGGGUCACGUGGUCUGCGAAGCGCCCGCACGUCUCCAAGGCAGCGAGCUCAACGAGACCUCCGAGUCGGAGCUUUGCCCUUCCAAAGACGGCGCAGAUACCAGUCUAGUAGCGCCCCCUACUCAGGACGAGAUCGCCGACCUGGAUUCCCGUCCCUCCCCCACAGGGACGGCGUCCACAGUGACCGAGAAGAACGGCCAGAGCAACAAGGGACGCCCCAAAGCCAGGGAAAACUGGCAGCUCAAGAUGCCCACGGCAAUGGCGACGGGGACGAGUGACGUCACGUGUCCACAGACUUGCUCGUGCAAGCCAAUCGGCGCCAUUCAGGGACUCGGGGUGAACUGCGAGGGGAAGAACCUCGAGAGCAUCGUGAAUCUCAAACCUGCUCCUUUAGGAGCGCACGAACUGAACCUACGUGACAAUAACAUUCACGCCAUGAAAAGGAACCAGCUUAAAGGCUACGCCAACCUGAACCUGCUGGAUUUGGGCGGGAAUAAUAUUAAAAGCAUCGACAACGGGACGUUCCAGAACCUCAGCGAGCUGCGAUGGCUCUACAUGGACAAGAACUACUUGGAUAGCGUCGUGCCGGAUAUGUUCGCCGGACUCCAGAAUCUGGAAUAUCUCAGUUUGGAAUAUAACGACAUCCAGUCGGUCGUAGCCGGCGCGUUCAGCUUGAUGCCCAGCCUGAGGGUUUUAUUCCUGAACAACAACCUGUUAAAGACUCUACCCGCGGACGCCUUUAGCGGAAUCUCCUUGUCCAAAAUCAGCCUACAUAACAACUACUUUACACACCUCCCGCUGGCCGGCGUGUUGGAGCAGCUCAACUCCAUCAUCCAGAUCGACCUGCACGGGAACCCCUGGGAUUGCACGUGCAACAUCGUCCCGCUGAAACAGUGGGCGGACAGAAUGGCGUCGGACGUGAUCGUCAGCGACCUGAAAUGCGAGUCGCCCGAGCAGUUCUGGAAGCAGGACUUCCGCCGGAUACGCAUGGACCUGAUCUGCCCAGAGCUUUACGAGCAGACCUCGCCGAGCUCCUCGGCUAAAAACGCGUCCGGGACCGCCGGGGCGGAAACGGACACGGGGGCGCACCCGGGGUCCUACCCGCAGCCGAGUCGGGUCUCCAUAUCGGUCCUGGUGCCGGGACUGCUGCUGGUUUUCGUGACCUCGGCGUUCACCGUGGUCGGGAUGCUGGUGUUCAUGCUGCGGCACCGCAAGCGCUCCAAGCGGAGAGACGGGAACUCCUCGGCGUCGGAGAUCAACUCUUUGCAGACGGUUUGUGACUCGUCGUACUGGCACGGCGCCUCCUAUCACGCCGAUCAGCGGAGCUACGACUGCGCCGCCCACACGCUGUCUGAUAAAUAGAGCCGGGACGAAUCCUGCGUUCGAGUGCAUCCUGGUGGGGGAAAAGAAUCCUAUUUUUCUGAGACGUGCACCCACGUUAAAACGGAUGCCGCUGUAAAAUACGUACCUCGACCGGUCUGUGUUCCUGUUCCCCCCUUCCCCGCCCCCGUGCUGAAUCGGAACUCCGAACCUGAGGACCUGAGACAGGCGCACGGCGGGACGGGAGAAGCAUGAAUGUAGUGUAAAUAAUCACCUGUAAAAUAUCUGCAUGAUCCGAGCCGCAUGGUUUCGAGUCCGGGAACCAGACCGCCAGACGCCGAGUCCACAGUCCCUUUGGUGAUACGUAUAAAUACCAUAAAUAUAUAAAUAUAUCACGUAUAUCACAAAAAACAAACAAUAUAUACAGUUAAUAUAUAAAAGUGCCAUUUCUGCGGGGGGUUUGUGGGACACGAAGCCGGAUUUGUAUUUGUGCUUUUGUUUCUGAGCUGGAGGAUUUUAAUGCAUGUGGGAUGAUUUCUGUUCCUGAUCUGUUUUACCCAUCAUGAUGAUGACGACGAUAACCACGAUAACGAUGAUGAUUAUUUAUCUCUAUUUUUCCGUGCCAGCCUGGCAGACUGGCGCUUUCAUUUCCUCAUGAAUGUAUUCCGUGUUUGAUGCACUGUGCCAGCUCUUGUUUUGGGGAUUGGGGAACAUUCAGAUCGUUUGGAUUAUUUGGACGAUUUAACGGAGCUCAUUUCUUCUGUUUUAUUAUUAUUAUUAUUAUAUUAUUAUUUUAUUUUUGGUCUCGUAUCUGAGCUGCGGAUUCUUUCAUGUGCUCACAUCUCAUCUUAAAAAAUAAAUAAAAACGAACA